UUUCUGCCCCUGCUGCUGGCUGCUCUGCUCUAUGUCAAGUGUCGCCUGAACGUCCUGCUCUGGUACCAAGACGCCUACGGGGAGGUGGAGGUGAAUGACGGGAAGCUCUACGACGCCUACGUCUCCUAUAGCGACUGCCCCGAGGACCGUAAGUUCGUCAAUUUCAUCCUGAAGCCGCAGCUGGAGCGGCGUCGUGGCUACAAGCUCUUCCUGGACGACCGCGAUCUCUUGCCGCGUGCAGAGCCCUCCGCCGACCUCCUGGUGAACCUGAGCCGCUGCCGGCGCCUCAUCGUGGUGCUUUCAGACGCCUUCCUAGGCCGGCCCUGGUGCAGCCACAGCUUCCGGGAGGGCCUGUGCCGGCUGCUGGAGCUCACGCGCAGACCCAUCUUCAUCACCUUCGAGGGCCAGCGGCGCGACCCGGUGCAUCCUGCGCUCCGCCUGCUGCGCCAGCACCGCCACCUGGUGACGCUGCUGCUCUGGAGGCCUGGCUCUGUGACGCCUUCUUCUGAGUUUUGGAAAGAACUGCAGCUGGCGCUACCCCGGAAGAUGCAGUACAGGCCGGUGGAGGGGGACCCCCAGACACAACUGCAGGAUGACAAGGAUCCCAUGCUGAUUGUCCGAGGCCGCAUCCCUGAGGGCGGGAGCCUGGACCCGGAGCUGGACCCUGACCCUGAGGGAGACCUGGGUGUCCGAAGGCCAGUCUUUGGGGAGCCAUCAGUUCCACCGCCCGGGAGUGGGGUCUCGCUGGGGGACAGCCGGAGCAGCGAGGUGGACGUCUCGGACCUUGGCUCCCGAAACUACGGUGUCCGCACGGACUUUUACUGCCUGGUGUCUGAGGACGACGUGUAGCCCCCUCUCCCUUGCCCUGGUGCUGGGCCUCCAGGGACAGCUGGAGGACAGGAUCAGGGAGGUCCUUUCUCUGAAAAAAAAAGGACCUCUGCCUGUGGCCUUGGGACUCUCAGGGAAGGAGUGUGGGCCUGGGCCCCUCCUAGUGCCAGAAAAUAAAGUCCUUUUGGAUUUUG